AUGUCCCACAGCAUUGCAAAUACAAGUACUUCUAUAAGUGCUUCUAGACUCCCAACAGUUGAAGAAAUUAAUGGAUGGAAAGGUUUAGGCAGGCAACUUUACAUUGAGAUCAAUAAAAUAUAUAAUAAUAAGGUUGAUGGUAACACUCUCCUUGAAUUAAUACGAGAUGACCUUUUAAGUUCUGAAAUCCUGCCAGAUGAUGACAUUAAAGUUUUUAGACAAAAUUGUGUAGGCAGAGAAAAAGGUGUUAACAAUUUCAUUACACUUAAAAUUGCUAAAAUGAUUUACACAGAAAGUCCUGAUAUAUUAGUUUUAAUUGCCAGAGAUGGCGAUUAUUAUGGAACGUUAUUGGAAGCUAUCGAUUACAAAUGGAAGAUCAAGAUUCUGGAAAUUGGGAGCUCUAAUUAUAAUAAAAUAAAUACCUUUGAGAUCAGCUGUGAUACUAUAGUUGAAGAUAAAGAGAUAGUGGAGUGGUUUGCCAAUUUAAAUUUAUUCAGUUGGAUUCACCAGAAAGGCAAUAAUAUCAUUUUAUAUCUUAAUAAUAAAAAAGAAUUAAAUGUCGCAAAGGAAUGGAUUGUGAGAAAGCAUAAAGAAAUAUCAAUUUAG